AUCUGGCUGCUUGUUCAUCACUAUUUCCCGCGGUUGUGAAAAAAUUGGCGGGAGUCAGUGACAAAAUCAGCUCAGGGAAGGAGGACUGCGAAUCGGUUGUCUGUGUGAAUUAAUCCAAGAACAUCGGACAUUGAUUGGGAACCUUGAGAUCAUCAAACAUCUACGAUCAAAGCACCAUUUUUACUGUUUAUACCUUUGUUAUUGAUUUUUAAUUUCACGAUUUCACCAUGUUUGAAGCUCGACUUGUGCAAGGUUCUCUUCUCAAGAAGAUUUUAGAAGCCACCAAAGAUUUGUUGAACGAAGCGUUAUGGGACUGCAGUACAAAUGGAAUCACACUGCAAGCCAUGGACAGUUCCCACGUCAGUUUAGUUUCCCUGAAAAUGAGAAGCGAUGGUUUUGAAACGUACAGAUGUGACCGAAAUAUUUCCCUCGGAAUGGCCACAGCCAGUAUGUCUAAGAUUUUACGGUGUGCUGGUAACGAUGAUAUUGUCACAGUCAAAGCUGAAGAUGCUGGAGAUAAAGUUACAUUUGUUUUUGAAUCUCCACAGGGUGAAAAGAUGUCAGAUUAUGAAAUGAAAUUGAUUGAUCUGGAUGCUGAACACUUGGGUAUUCCUGAUACAGAAUAUAGUUGUGUGGUAAAAAUGCCAUCAGCAGAAUUCCAGCGAGUCUGUCGAGAUUUGAGUCAAAUUGGUGAAUCUGUUGUAAUCACCUGUACUAAAGAAGGUGUCAAAUUUACUGCCACUGGUGAUUUGGGAACAGGCAACAUCAAACUUGCUCAGAAUAUUAACACUGAUAAAGAAGAAGAAUCUGUCGUAGUUGAGAUGAGCCAAGGAGUCUGUUUAACCUUUGCUUUAAGAUAUUUAAAUUUUUUCACAAAAGCCACACCCUUGUCACCUCAAGUUACCCUUUCCAUGUCUCAAGAUGUUCCUUUAGUUGUAGAAUAUAAAAUUGGUGACAUGGGACAAUUGAGAUAUUAUCUUGCUCCUAAAAUUGAAGAAAAUGAUGACAAUUAAAGACCUAAACUGAGUACCCAAUGUGCUAUUUGUGUCGGGGGAUUUUUGACUUGGGUUGAAAGCUUUCACGUGUGCUAUUUGUGUAUAAUAGAAUGUGUAUAAACUGUUUUUAUGUGAUAUAACUCAACAAUAAUCAUGAAAUCAUUUCACUAUUGACUCACUAGUUAUUGUAAACUUCAAUAAAUUUUGUUACCAUCUUGUAAUUUCUUAAUUUUUUCACCAGAAAUUCAUUUUUCUGUGGUCUCUCCAGACCGAUAUCACAUAUUUGUCUAUUAUUGAUGUAUUGAGCCCUAUUUCAUCAGUGGUAAUUCUAUGUCACUCUACAACUGAUGUAUUGAGCUCUAUUUUAACAGUGGUAUUUCUAUAUCAUUCUACAACUGAUGUAUUGGGCACUAUUUCAACAGUGGUAUUUCUAUAUCGCUCUACAAUUGAUGUAUUGAAAACUAUUUAACAUUGGUAUUUCUAUAUCGCUCUACAAUUGAUGUAUUGAGUACUAUUUUAACAGUGGUAUUUCUAUAUCACUCUACAAUUGAUGUAUUGAAAACUAUUUAACAUUGGUAUUUCUAUAUUACUCUACAAUUGAUGUAUUGAAAACUAUUUAACAUUG